GUAGAAGAGAACAGGAGCUGUUUAUUUUUCUUCUUGUUGUUCCUGAGGCUGUUCCCCAUGACACCAAACUGGUUUCUGAAUCUCUCAGCUCCCAUUUUAAACAUCCCUGUGUCCCAGUUCUUCUUCUCCGUUCUCAUCGGUCUUACACCGUAUAAUUUCAUCUGUGUGCAGACAGGCGCCAUGCUGUCACAAAUCACCUCUUUGGAUGCCAUCUUCUCCUGGGACACGCUGCUCAAACUGCUGGCCAUGGCCAUGGCAGCGCUGAUACCAGGGACCCUCAUCAAGAAAUACAGCAAGGAGCGCUUGAAGCUGGAUGGCGACGAGCGGGCUCCGUUACUCAAUGGCAAAAAGAGCUUGUGA